ACUGUAGGCUUCUUGACACGCUUGACGGGAAGUUAACUUUAGUUUUAGUCAGAUUAUUGAUUUUAUUCUGAUUUUAAGCGGAAAUUCUCCAAAAUGACGGAGUACAAGGGUGCAGCAAGUGAGGCAGGCCGUGCACUGCAACUCAUUAAGAAGAGGGACAAGCAGAAAGAAAAUAUGGAAAAACUGAAACAAAAAAUCGAACAGGAAAAUCUCAGCAAGGUGGCACCAAUCAGCGCUAAGUUCACCGCGCAUUAUGACGCUGUGGAGCAACAGCUCAAGAGUAGUACUAUAGGUUUGGUCACAUUGGAUGAAAUGAAAGCGCGGAGGGAAGUUCUUGUCCAAGAACAUGAGAAGGAACUCGCCAAGGCCUCCAGCUCCCAAGAGAAAGUAGAGAAGGAGAAGAGGAAAAAGAAGAAAAAAGAAAAAGUCACGAGUACGCUCUCCUUCAACCUCGAUGAAGAUGGAGAGGAGAACGAUGAGGACGAACCUGAACCUGAGCCAGUGGUCAAGAAGAAGAAACUGGGCAAGAAUCCUGACGUGGACACCAGCUUUCUACCGGACAGAGAAAGAGAGGAAGAAGAGAACAGGGAGAGGGAAAAGUUGAGACAGGAAUGGCAGGAUAAACAGGAGAUGAUAAAAAACGAGGACAUUGAAAUCACCUUCAGCUACUGGGACGGCUCUGGUCACAGACGGAGUGUCAAGAUGAAGAAAGGGGACACCAUGCAGAGGUUUCUUCAGAAAUGUCUUGAGAUGCUCAAGAAAGAUUUCCAUGAAUUAAAGGCGGUCACAGUGGAGCAGAUGAUGUACAUCAAGGAAGACUUAAUUAUACCCCAUCAUUAUUCGUUCUACGAUUUCAUUGUCACAAAAGCCCGUGGAAAAAGUGGUCCACUCUUUAGCUUUGAUGUCCACGACGACAUCAGGCUGACAAACGACGCGUCUGUUGAGAAGGAUGAGUCUCAUGCAGGUAAGGUGGUGCUGAGGAGCUGGUUUGAACGCAACAAGCACAUCUUCCCUGCCAGCCGCUGGGAGCCCUACGACCCAGAAAAGAAGUGGGACAAGUACACGAUCAAGUGAGCUGAGGAUAAACGUAGGGACAUUUCGGGAUCUGGUCACCUUGCAGCAUCCCCAGUGAAGACAAGUGUGUUUGGAAAUUCAGUCUCAAGCAUCUUCAGGAAGACAUUAGUACAUGGACCGACGUCUCUCUUCCUGAUGUGGUCUACUACAAAUGAAAUGGAGGAGGUUCUCAACUUUUUUGAAGUGUAACUUCACAUUUAUGGACCCAGCCAAACUGGAUAUCUAGCUAUUGAGAACCAUUCCUGUUGGUGUCUUCAUUCAUGUCUUCAAUACGUGUGCAGUUCUUGUCUUCAGUACGUACCCUCGUGUGCUACACCAAAUGUCUCUCAAAUAGUUUUAGAAUAACAGUGGGAACAGUUACUUUCACGUAAAUACAGUGAUGCUCCAAAUUCAGCGUUGACUUAAACUGGGUCAACUUUAGUGGACAGGUACGUGUUACAAGGAGUCGGUCCUUAAAGCCCUGGUGGCCUUCACGAUGGAGAAAUUUGGAUGUCCAGAGGUGGGGGUACGGUUACUUGAGGUGUGCGGCAGCUCAGCUGCUCCGCUCCAGCCUGG